UAUGACCUGAACCCUCCACCUCCUCACCAACUCAUCCCUAGCUUCCAUCCCGAACUAAUCUGCACAACGACACCGAAAAUGCCCACCCCAAUCUCCCCGCGCCUCCUCCCCACCCUCUUCGCCUCGCUCGCCCGCACGCCCACCUGGACCCUGCGCCGCACCCUCCAAAGCGACAACCCCCUCGACCUCCACGGCGACCUCCACGGCGAAGCCUCCUUUCAACCCCUCCCAGCCACCUCAGAACACACCUCAGAACCGCAAGCCCAACCCCAACCCCAAACGCAAAUCCUUUACACCGAAUCCGGCUCCCUCCCCGCAACCCUCGGCCCGAACCUCCGCUGGACGAAAUCCUACAUCUGGCGCCUCAGCCCCGAAGGCCGAAUCAGCGUGUGGUUCGUCAAGGUCACGAAGGACGCUGCCACGAACCCCGAAGCCGAUUACCUGUUUCACGAGGUGGAAUUUGAGGUGGCGGUUGACGGUGAGCGCGCAACGGAUGAUGCUGCUGCCAACACCGGCAGCAGCAGCAACGACGAGACAUAUGUAACGCCUCCCACACCACCCGAACCACUUUCACAAUCGGAGGCCGCGGCGACGGUGGUCGUCACGGCCAGGGGCAAUCAUCUCUGCAUCAAGGAUAUGUACCGCACGGCGUAUGCGUUCCGGGUUCGCGCGGAGAGUGGGGAGGUGGUUAGCUGGGCGAGUCGGCAUGUGGUCAAGGGCCCGAGGAAGGAUCAGGAUAUUGUGAAUCUGUAUUCGGUGGCGUAGGGGUGAAUUGGAUGGCUUGUAGGAUGUUGGAGUCGCGAAUGUAGAUUAGGGGGGUGUAAAGAGGAUAGAUAGAGGAUAGAACGGGCAAUAUGCUUUUGAACUAGUUUGGUAGAUUGGGUCUGGUCUCAGGCUUUCUUGAAGUGAGAGGUUUAUGGUCCCAGCAGCUACUUGGUACGUCGUGAUGCGGGAGUUUGCCUCGGUUUGAGAGGCAUUAUGUGGAGGGUUACAGUACAUCCUCACGCAAAGCUCUCUCUUCAAGUAACUCAAUACUGUAUCUGGUCUAACUGGUCUUUCUAUACCCAUAACAAACCUUCUCUGGUCACUGAUCU